AUGGAAGCCAUUUCCAAGCAAAACCAUGUUCCUCUCACCCCUGACCAAUUCACUCUCUUAUCAAACCAUCUCCUUUCAAAACUCUCUGAUUUUCUAUGGGCUUGUACCUUCAUACUUGUAACAUGUGCUGAAGCCUUCUUACUUUUGCAAAAGUGUGAACUGAUGUUCCAUUUUCUGCUACUUUGUUCUUUCCUUCUUUGUUUCCUUGUGAAACACUUCCUCUCAAAGCCUUCUCCAAUUCACCUUGUGGAUUUCUCAUGUCUCAAACCACCAAGCUAUUGCAGGGUGCCUUUUGGAACAUUUCUGGAAAGUUGUUCCUUGUUUGAAGUUUUUGACAGUGAAAGUCUAGCUUUCAUGGCCAAAGUUCUCCAUUCUUCAGGACAAAGUGAAGAGACUUGCCUCCCCCCUGCCUUACACUACAUUCCUCCAAAGACCCAUCAAACUGAAUCCAUCAAGGAGGUGCAUAUGGUUCUCUUCCCUAUCUUGGACGAUCUUUUUGCAAAAACCAAUAUUUCACCCCUAGAUAUUGACAUACUUAUCCUAAACUGUAGUGGCUUUUGUCCCUCACCUUCUUUAACCUCCAUUGUCAUCAACAAAUACUCUAUGAGAAGUGACAUUAAGAGCUAUAAUGUCUCUGGAAUGGGUUGCAGUGCAAGUGCCCUCUGUAUUGAUUUGGCAAAGAAUCUUCUCAAAGUUCACAAGAACUCUAAUGCCAUUGUUCUUAGCACAGAAAUUUUGUCAACAGGUUGGUAUUCAGGCAAUGAACGGUCCAAGUUGCUGAUUAACUGUCUCUUUAGGAUGGGAAGUGCAGCAAUGCUUCUCUCAAACAAGAAAGAAGCAAAGAAAAUUUCAAAAUACAGGCUAAUUAGGACACUCAGAACACAGAGAGCCUUUGAAGACAAAGCUUAUUUGUCUGCCAUUAUGGAAGAAGAUUCAGAUGGAAAACUUGGGGUGACACUCAAGAGGGACUUACUUCAGGUAGCUGGUGAAACCCUCCGUGCAAACAUCUCCAUUCUGGGUAAUGAAAUUUUGCCUCUUUCAGAGAAGUUUUGGUAUGGGGUUUCUGUGAUCAAGAAGAGGUUCAUAAAGUCUGAGGGAAUUUACGUUCCAAAUUUUAAGACAGUGAUACAACACUUCUGCUUGCCUUGUUCAGGGAGGCCAGUGAUAAGAGAAGUAGGGAAAGGGUUGAAGCUUUCAGAGAGAGACAUUGAACCUGCUUUGAUGACACUGCACAGGUUUGGAAACCAGUCUUCUUCAUCACUGUGGUAUGAACUAGCUUACUUGGAAGCCAAGGAAAGAGUGCAGAAGGGUGACAACAUUUGGCAACUGGGAAUGGGAAGUGGGCCCAAAUGCAACAGCAUAAUUUUGCAGUGUAUUAGGCCUAUAGUUGGUGAGUCAAGGAACGGCCCAUGGGCUGACUGCAUUCACCAAUACCCUAUAUUAGCUAUGGAUUAA